AAAUUAGCAAAGGCCAUAGUGUCAAGGACUCAACAAUUGUUAAGCCAAAAAUAAAAUAAAAAAUGGGACAAGUGCAAAGUGAUGCCAUUGACAAUCAAUCUCAAAGUGUUAAUAAUGAUUCUCAACCACGUUCUCUUGAUUCUUUGAUUGCUGAAGCUGCAGCAUAUGGUGAAGAUGGUGAGAAUGAGUCCAUUGAUGAGAAAGCUCGGAAAGCCCUAGAAUGCCCUUGCAUUGCUCAUUUACGGAGUGGCCCCUGUGGCAACCAGUUCUCAGACGCUUUCCUCUGUUUUCUCAAGAGCACAGCUGAAGAAAAGGGCUCUGACUGUGUUAGUCCCUUUGUCGCUCUUCAAAGCUGUAUCAAGGCAAAUCCUAACGCAUUUUCAAAGGACAUCCUCGAGGAUGAUGUCAGCAAACAAGAUGCAGUGCAGAAGGAGGAAACACCAAAACAGGAAUACAAAAUCAUCCCUCCUAUUUGGUCUGUAGAAUCAAAGGGGACUAAGCGUAAUAAGCUCUAGAUGGCUCGUCGUUAUCUUUCGUUUUUUGGUCCUUUCAUUCUAGGAAGCUCUGGUGGUAUAACUACACUAAGUAGCAGAGUAUUGCCAGAUAAAAUUUUUCCGUUGUGAUUUACAUGAUCAAACUAUUAAAGUUUAUUCGUAUGGAACUGUAGAGACUAGGCCAUUGCUUCUAAGGAAUUUUGGAUUGGUUCAAGUUUUCAUGUGACAUCAACUUUUCAGUGUUAUGAAUUUCUAUUUCAUGGAAAAUUUCACUCAAA